AUGGAGCACCUUCAGGGAGCGUGGAAGACCCUGAGCAACGGCUUCGGAAUGAAGGACUCUGCGUUUGAGGGCCCGUGCCUUUCCCCCACCAUGGUCCAGGGCUUUCCCUACCAGCGCCGCUCCUCGGACGACAGCAAGAUCCCAGACUCCAAAACUAGCAGCACUAUCCGUGUCUACCUCCCGAACCAGCAGCGCACCGUGGUAAACGUGCGACCAGGUAUGACUUUGUACAAUUGCCUGAUUAAAGCACUAAAGGUGCGAGGUCUGCAGCCUCAGUGCUGCGCUGUCUUCAGGCUGCAACCAGGAGAGAGGAGUAAAAAAUUACGAAUGGAUUGGCACACCGAUUCCUCCUCCCUGAUUGGAGAAGAGCUACAGGUGGAGGUUUUAGAUCAUGUUCCAUUGACAACACAUAAUUUUGUUCGGAAAACAUAUCUGAAACUAGCGUUCUGUGAUAUUUGCCAGAAGUUUCUGUUGAACGGUUUCCGCUGCCAAACAUGCGGCUACAAAUUCCAUGAGCAUUGCAGCACCAAAGUGCCCACGAUGUGUGUGGACUGGAGUAACAUCAGACAACUCCUGUUGUGUCCGACACCUGGCGACAGCAGCGGCCCGUCCCUGCCCUCGCUCACGUCCCGGCGAAUGAGAGAAUCCUUGACACGGUUUCCAAGCUCGGCCCACCGAUAUUCCACCCCUCAUGCCUUCAACUACACCGCGCCUUGCACGCCCGCAGGCGGCUGGCUCUCCCAGAGGCAGCGCUCCACCUCCACACCCAACGUCCACAUGGUUAGCACUACCCUGCCUGUAGACUGCAGCAUGAUUGAGCUAGACUGCCUGAAUACGUCCCCCAGCUCCUGGUGCCAUAGAUUCUGGCUGAAGAGGAAAGAUGCAAUGCGUGAUCAUGACUCGUCGGGUAGUUCCCCCAGCCAGAGCCCCACAGGCUGGUCCCAGCCUCCGUCCAAAGCCCCCGCCCCCAACCAGCGAGAGAGGGCACCGUCCUUCAACACUCAGGAGAAAAAUAAAAUUAGGCCUCGGGACAAGCGGGACUCUAGUUACUACUGGGAGAUCGAGGCCAGCGAGGUCUAUCUGAACAACCGCAUCGGUUCUGGCUCAUUUGGAACCGUGUACAAAGGGAAAUGGCAUGGUGAUGUAGCUGUGAAGAUAUUAAAGGUGACCAACCCAACACCGGAGCAGUUUCAGGCAUUCAGAAAUGAAGUGGCAGUCCUGAGGAAAACACGACAUGUCAACAUCCUGUUGUUCAUGGGCUACAUGACGAAGGACAACCUGGCCAUAGUGACCCAGUGGUGUGAGGGCAGCAGUCUCUACAAACACCUUCACGUCCUGGAGACCAACUUCAAGAUAAUCCAGCUCAUCGACAUCGCCAGGCAGACGGCUCAGGGCAUGGACUAUCUGCAUGCAAAGAACAUCAUUCAUCGUGACAUGAAGUCCAACAACAUCUUCUUGCAUGAAGGGCUCACGGUGAAAAUCGGGGACUUUGGUCUGGCCACAGUGAAGGCCAGAUGGAGCGGCUCGCAUCAGGUGGAGCAGCCCUCUGGGUCCAUUCUGUGGAUGGCUCCUGAGGUUAUCCGGAUGCAGGAUAACAACCCCUACAGCUUCCAGUCUGAUGUCUAUUCCUAUGGAAUUGUUCUCUUUGAGAUCCUGACGGGAGAGCUCCCUUACUCCCUGAUAGCAACAAGAGAUCAGAUUAUCUUCAUGGUGGGAAGAGGCUACCUGUCCCCAGACCUCAGUAAGCUCUACAAGAGCUGCCCCAAAGCCAUGAAAAGGUUGGUGGCCGACUGCAUCAAGAAGUCCAAGGACGAGAGGCCGCUCUUCCCACAGAUUUUGUCCUCCAUUGAGCUUCUCCAGCACGCCCUACCUAAGAUAAACCGCAGUGCCUCAGAACCGUCCCUGCACAGAGCCUCUCACACUGAGGAUAUCAAUGCCUGUACUCUGACCUCCACCAGACUGCCUGAUUUCUAGAGUUUCAGACAGCCCUGCCUCCUCUCCUUACACUUACCCCUCCACCUUCUCUUUCAAAAUAUCCAGAACAGUCCAAAUGCUAAGUAUGCCCAAAUGCUAUACACACAGAUGCGAAUGUAAGCCUACAAAUGUACAUACAAUCAUAUAUAAACCCUGUCUAAUCAAUACAAUAUGUGAGUAAGAGAGGAGAAGGAAGUGGAUCUGAAUGAAGAUGGAUUGCAGUGGGAAGAACACAUGAAGAAGCUGGCUUAAGAUGGUGCCUUGAUUAUCGCUGCACGUAUUAAGAAGUAUGCAGAGGCUCCACGGUGACAAUUUGUAAAUAAGUGCACGCACAGCUACCUAAGACGACGAUAAAUGGACACUGAAGGAAACGCAAGAGGAAGACAGAUGUAUCUCUCUGGAUUUGGGUUCUGUGAUGUGAAGCACAGCCUUCUGUCUGACCGCGCUGGUUUCUGAUGAAGAGGAAUUUAAAGCUAAGAUGCCUUAAGAGGAAACAAAGCCUGGACUAAGAUCCUGCACAAUUCACCUCCUCUUGUCAUCACAAAGCCGUUGGAGGUAGUCCAUUUAGUUGCACAAUAGUAGUUUAUUUUGCAUUGUCUUAAAGGAUAAUGGUGUAGAAAUGGGAAAUUGUUUUUCUUUUUUUAUUGUCUUUUUUGGGGGGUCAUUUUGGAGAACUAUCAGCCUGUCGGACAGCGAGCAUGAGUGAUGACGGUAAAAUGGAAUUUGCACACACUAGCAAAAGCAAUGGUUAUUUCCUAACCGUAUACAUAUGGCUUCAUAGAUCUGUAGAUACACACACAUUCUUAUCAGUCCUCACCAUGGGAAGGUUAUCAUGAGCUGGACAUGUGGCGGUUGUCUUAAAUGUUUUAAAUGAUUGGAAACUAAUUAGUAUUUGUUGUCUUUUGAUGUCUCUUUCAGGAGGUUAAACGUUUUUUGUGUCCUUGGAUUCGAUAUUUUAAUAAAAUUAAGUUAAUUUCCUUUGCCAAA